AAUGGCUUCAUCGAUGAUCCAAGUGAUUUUCAGUCAAGCUCAUUUCAAAAGAUAGACGAACAAUUACGUUGCCCUAUAUGUAAAGAGCUCUUUAACACAGCAAUGAUGAUCUCAACUUGUUCACAUUCCUUUUGCGCAUUGUGUGUUCGUCGUUGUUUAUCAGAAGAACAAGUUUGUCCUAAAUGUCGAAAGGAAGCGUUUAGUAAUAGCAUCAUUCAUAACUAUGACUUGGAUAAUGUUGUAAAUAUAUGGCGUAUCUCAAGAAAUGCUCUAUUGUCUGCAGAUCAAUUGUUAAAUAAAAAACAACAAACACCUCACCUAGCGGAAUCAGUUGUGAGCGAGUCAAGUUCAUCACAAACAAGUCAAUCUCUAAACAUGGAUCAGCUUAGAAUAAGAGAGAAUCUACCAAGCAUUGCUACGACACCUAUUAUUAUAGAUGACGAUCAAAGUGAUGACUUUAAACCUUCCGCUUCACUUCAGAGAAUAUCAACCACAUCUUUGAGAAGAUCUACUCGGUUAGGAAGCAAAGACGCCCAUCUAUCAGAUCUUUCGUCUUCACAGCCCAUUCCGCAGUUACCUUCAAUAACCCCACCGCCCAUCGUAUCACCACAGUCUGCUACAAACAAUUCUAAUGAGUCAUUAAAGAGUACAUCUGUAGUUCAAUGUCCAAUAUGUCAACAGUCGAUGAAGUAUGUUGUACUCGAUCGACAUUUGGAUGGUUGUACAAAGGGUGACAGUAGAAUACCACCUAGUCCACCGCUUCCACCAAGCGAUAGAUCAACCAGUGCACCUAGACCAAAUAUGCAACUGUUUAGCGGGAUGACAAAUCGCAAAAGUAUUCAUCUUGGUAGAAAACCAGGGAAGGUGGUAUAUGCCAUCCAGAGCGAUAAGGACAUGAGAAUGAUUCUAAGAGAUCUAGGGCUUCCAGAGGAUGGGGAUAAAGCACAAAAGAUAUGGCGACAUAAAGAGUAUCUUAAUCUAUACAAUGCUAACCUUGACUCACAAAAUCCGGUGGGUGCGGAUGUGUUGAUCAGAAGACUUGCUGAAAUGGAAAGAGCAUACGAUGCUAAUAGAAGUAAUCAAGUCAAACGAAAGAAUACUGAUACAGAGAUGCAUAAGCAUAAAUAUAAAGACGAAUUUUCAAGGCUAAUAGAAGAAGCUAAAAAGAGGAAACCCAACAAUGAUUAAAGACAUUGUAGAUACACAAUUAUAUAUAGCAAACCUG